AGAAUGAGCGCUCCAGCCAACAACCGUGACAAAUCGAUUGUUACUCACGCCCGAGUCGUUGCGCACCUUUCGCAAAAUUUUGGCGGUGGUAACAGCGAGAACCAUUGGUCAGUGUACUUUCUUCUCCAAGGCCGGGGCUCAGUUCGGAUGAACAUGUUCACCCCGAAGUACGGUGUCAAAGAAGGGAGACUGGAACUGAGCAUUUACGACUAUGAACUCCCGACUAGUGCUCUGAAACAUUGGGAUUAUAAAAUGACUGAGGGCAAGACAUUCGAGGAUGUCCGCGACUUUGUGUCCAAAAACCGACGUCACCAUUAUGAUUUUUCAGGGGGAGGGUCGGGUUGCAGAUAUUGGUGUUAUACCAUAAUGAACGAUUUUGAGCAGUGUGGAUACAUCCCCGAGGGAAGUGUUCAACAUCUAUGGCCGGGUUUGCAAUAUCUUUAUUCGAAGAGUCGCGACCCGAGCCCGCUUCAAUGGAUUGAAGGGAAGUUUUUCUAUUGA